UACGAAUGUGAUUUCAAGUUUUGCUUCAGUCCCCUAGUGAAGAUGAUCUAUUUGCCCUUUAUCUUUACUCCUGUAGUGCAGCUCUUUGGGUUUUACUAGGUACCCUUCUCCCGAUCCCCAACUUCUUCCCCAAGGCCCUUGAACAACAGAAUCGGUAGGUACCACCAAGACAGACACUUCCACUCUAAAAUUGCAAAUCUUGGCUAAGAUUUGCUCUGGCUUUCUAGGAUACCCGGAAGCUCAGGUUACUCGGAAGUAUUUCCGCUCCAAGGAGCGGAACUAUGGCCGUUUUCCCCUUGGGGCAUUCUGGGAAGUGUAGUCAGGGGUCCGCGUAGUCUGGGGGCACUUCCGCUUUUGGAUGGCGGAGCUAGGGAAUUGUGGGAAGUGAUCCGGGGUUUCUCUUUAGUUGCUGGGAAGGCUCUUUCGCUCUAGGAGGGCUCAAGGAGGCAAGUGUUUGGAUCCGCUGUGACCCUCCAAGUUUUCUCAGCCUCGUCAGGGAGCAAGCGGGGCCCUGGCCCUCGUCUGGAGGAGGGCUAGAGAAGCUGUGGCCAGCUGGGAGGCUGGAGUUGGGAGCAGUUUGUGUUCUUCCCUCUCGGCUGAGCCUCACGUUUGGAGCAGUUCUUGCAUCCCCGGGUUGGGAGCGUCCUGGAUCGGUUGUCGCUUGGUUAGAGGGUCUCCUGGCGUUCCGCAGCCAGCCUCUCCCACCUACUUGCCAGCUCUGCCACUUACUAGUGUUAUAACGUUUUGAAGGAUUGAGUCAUCGGGCUCCAGUGCGUGGGGAUGUUUACCGCCGUUUAUCCGGGAUAGAGACUCCAUCGUGCUAACUGACAGCAUCCUUUUAUUCACCGCCUCCGAAUUUGCAAAGAGGAGGAAGGAGGGACUUCUUGGCUUCUCCCAGCAUAGCCCCAGUUAUGCCAUCUCAGAACUAUGACCUUCCCCAGAAGAAGCAGGAGAAAAUGACCAAGUUUCAGGAGGCUGUGACAUUCAAGGAUGUGGCUGUGGUCUUCUCCAGGGAGGAACUGCGACUGCUGGAUCUUACCCAGAGGAAGCUGUACCGAGAUGUCAUGGUGGAGAACUUCAAGAACCUGGUUGCAGUGGGUGAGGAGAGGCACUCUCUGACCCUGAACUUUAAUUCCCUUGAGAAUCUCUUUGCUCUCAGGGCAUCUUCCCUUCCAACCAGAUAUGGUAUCCCAAUUGGAAGCAGAAGAAAAGCUUUGGAUGAUGGAAACAGAAACCCAAAGAAGUCUACAUGCUGCUCCAUGUUUGAAUUGUUUAGGAAUGUUAGAUAUUUGCUUCACUUUACUGGGUCUCAUUUUCAUAUGCAAACAACCUCGGGAAUUAUCCUAGGCAGCAAGCAUCAAAAUAAGAUGGAAACACUCCAAAAAUUUGCAUUAAAAUACCUUUCAAAUCAAGAGCUGUCCUGCUGGCAAAUCUGGAAACAGGUUGCAAGUGAAUUAACCAGGUGUCUUCAGGGGAAGAGUUCCCAGUUAUUACAAGGUGACUCUAUUCAGGUUUCUGAAAAUGAGAACAAUAUAAUGAACCCUAAAGGAGAUAGCUCUAUUUAUAUUGAAAAUCAAGAGUUUCAAUUUUGGAGAACCCAGCAUUCUUGCGGGAAUACAUAUCUGAGUGAGUCACAGAUUCAGAGUAGAGGUAAGCAAAUUGAUGUGAAAAAUAACCUGCAUAUACAUGAAGACUUCAUGAAGAAAUUACCAUUUCAUGAGCAUAUUAAAACUGACACAGAACCAAAACCCUGCAAAGGUAAUGAAUAUGGCAAAAUCAUUAGUGAUGGCUCCAAUCAGAAAUUACCCUUAGGAGAGAAACCCCAUCCAUGUGGUGAGUGUGGAAGGGGCUUCAGUUAUAGCCCAAGGCUUCCCCUUCAUCAGAAUGUUCACACAGGAGAAAAAUGCUUCAGUCAAAGCUCACAUCUGCAAACUCAUCAGAGAAUUCACCCAGGAGAGAAACUCAAUAGAUGUCAUGAAUCUGGUGAUUGCUUCAAUAAGAGCUCUUUUCAUACUUAUCAAUCUAAUCAUACAGGAGAGAAGUCUUACAGAUGCGACAGUUGCGGCAAGGGAUUCAGUAGCAGCACGGGUCUUAUCAUUCAUUACAGAACUCAUACUGGAGAGAAACCCUAUAAAUGCGAGGAAUGUGGUAAAUGCUUUAGUCAAAGUUCAAAUUUUCAGUGCCAUCAGAGAGUCCACACUGAAGAAAAACCAUACAAAUGCGAAGAGUGUGGUAAGGGCUUCGGUUGGAGUGUUAAUCUCCGUGUUCACCAGAGGGUCCACAGGGGUGAGAAACCCUAUAAAUGUGAGGAAUGUGGUAAGGGCUUCACUCAGGCUGCACAUUUUCACAUCCAUCAGAGAGUCCACACUGGAGAGAAACCCUACAAAUGUGAUGUGUGUGGUAAGGGCUUCAGCCACAAUUCACCAUUAAUAUGCCAUCGGAGAGUCCACACAGGAGAGAAGCCAUACAAGUGUGAGGCGUGUGGGAAAGGCUUUACCCGUAAUACAGAUCUGCAUAUUCAUUUCAGAGUUCACACGGGAGAGAAACCCUAUAAAUGUAAGGAGUGUGGUAAGGGCUUCAGUCAGGCUUCAAAUCUUCAAGUCCAUCAGAAUGUCCACACUGGGGAGAAACGAUUCAAAUGUGAAACAUGUGGGAAGGGCUUCAGUCAGUCCUCAAAGCUUCAAACCCAUCAGCGAGUCCACACUGGAGAGAAACCAUAUAGAUGUGAUGUGUGUGGUAAGGACUUCAGUUAUAGUUCAAAUCUUAAACUACACCAAGUAAUUCACACUGGAGAAAAACCAUAUAAAUGUGAGGAAUGCGGGAAGGGCUUCAGUUGGAGAUCAAAUCUUCAUGCACAUCAAAGAGUUCACUCAGGAGAAAAACCCUAUAAAUGUGAGCAGUGUGAUAAGAGCUUCAGUCAGGCCAUAGAUUUUCGGGUACAUCAGAGAGUCCAUACUGGAGAGAAGCCAUACAAAUGUGGUGUCUGUGGUAAAGGCUUCAGUCAGUCCUCUGGUCUUCAAUCCCAUCAGAGAGUCCACACGGGGGAAAAGCCAUACAAAUGUGAUGUGUGUGGAAAGGGCUUUAGAUACAGUUCGCAAUUUAUAUACCAUCAGAGAGGCCACACUGGAGAAAAACCUUACAAAUGUGAAGAGUGUGGGAAAGGCUUUGGUAGGAGCUUGAAUCUUCGCCAUCAUCAGAGGGUCCACACGGGAGAGAAACCCCAUAUAUGUGAGGAGUGUGGUAAGGCCUUCAGUCUCCCCUCAAAUCUUCGAGUCCACCUGGGUGUUCACACCAGGGAAAAACUCUUCAAAUGUGAAGAGUGUGGUAAAGGCUUCAGUCAGAGUGCACGUCUUGAAGCCCAUCAGAGAGUCCACACUGGAGAAAAACCAUACAAAUGUGACAUAUGUGAUAAGGACUUCCGUCACCGUUCACGUCUUACAUAUCAUCAGAAAGUCCAUACUGGUAAAAAGCUUUAGAAAUGAGAAAUGUGUUACCAACUUUUGUCUGAAUGCACAUCUUCAAGUUUUUGGCGAGUCCAUGCUGGUGGUAAACCCUGUAAAACUACUAAGAGUGGAAGGGGGUUUGUUCACACUUGGAAUCUUUCUAACAAAUCCAUCAAGAUGAUAACACAGAACCAUGAACAGGAAUAGAACUCGUAUGUAGGGGAGAAAUAGGGCUUGUGGCUCUCUUGGUAAGAUCUAGUUAAUAUAAAUGAUCACCUUUCAUUGUGAAUAUAUGCCUGAAGAUAAUGUGUGGAAGGAUAUUUGCCAUAUGCUAACUGGUUUUUGGGCCAGGGCGAGUUUUGGGUUAUUAUCCCUUUUCUUUAAUUUUCAUUUUAUACUUACAGUGAUCAUUAUUUUCAUAAAAGCUGUAAAGCUAUGAAAAAUGAAUAAAAUUACUGACUAAAAAUUUUCUGUA